CCAUGAAUGCUGACGCAGGUUUCUCUCUUCCAAACACUGACUUCAGUACCAAGGUCCCCGUGGAGCACCUGGACUAUGAUUUCAUUGCAAAAUGCAAAGAUGUAAAAUAUCUGGAAAAGUUAUUACGAAUUUUAAGGUCUGGUGAAGAGGGAAUAUAUCCCCAUCUGAUCAAGUUCUGUGAAAGCCACCUGGAGAAGUUGAGCCCUAAGAGUCGAGCUCUCAGGCAGGGAGUUCCUGUUGCCACAGAGGCCAGCUUCUCUAAAGAUGAGUGGAACCAAAUCAUUGAUGACUUAAGGACAUGGGAGGAGGAGACCAAAAACGCUGAAACGCUGCUUAAACAGGAGUCUGUGUUUGAUGACCUGGACAGAGCAAAAAUACCUCCAGUAAGAAGUUCCAGGUGCUUUGCUCCGGUUAAAGAGAAAUCAUUUCCAAAACAAAGAACAAAUCCUUCAAAACGUGUUCUUCCUCGGGAUUAUCAGGAAUGGGACAAGUUCAAUGUUGAGGAGGAAUGCAACAAGAUAGAUGGGGAUAUGCAGAAAAAUGACCCACCUGCCAUUCUAAACACAGGACAUCCGAACAUCCAGAGAGAAGUGGAUUCCUCAUGUCUGUCACGGCAGGAGAAGCUCCUUCUGGCAAAUCGGGAGAAGGAUAAAGGCAAUGAAGCUUUCAGAGCAAAAGAUUAUGAAGAGGCGGUGGCUUACUACUACAGGAGCCUUUCCAUCAUUCCCACUCUGAGUGCAUAUAACAACAGAGCCCAGGCAGAGAUUAACCUGGAGCACUGGAACGAUGCCAUGAUAGACUGUCAGCAGGUGCUGGAGCUGGAACCAGGGAAUAAAAAAGCCCUUCUGCGGCGUGCUACUGUUUACAAUCAUAUUGGCAACUUUGAAAUGGCCUCUAAAGACCUGAGGAAGGUGCUUCAGGAAGAGCCGAACAAUGCUGCAGCAACUGUAGUUUCCUGUGGGUUUCUCUCUCUCUCUCUCUUCCUUCUAGCCUGUCCGGUUCAACCCAGCCAGCCUGUGGGAGGGGAGGAGAGCUCAGCUGCUCCUGCUGAAAGGGGAGACAUGGGAAACGCUCAAAAAAAGCCCCACAGCAGAGGGGACGGGGGUCCACACAGCGAGUCCAGCAACUCGCACCACGGGCACUGGAAGGGCAAAGGGGCGACCUCUGAGAAGUACAAAGUUCCAGAGGAAUCAAAGGAGAAGGUGGCCAAUGGAUCAAGCAAGAGGGGCUCGACAGCUUCGGCGCAAGGUGAUAAGAAGAGCAGCAGCAGUAAGGCGGCUACAGGUGGGAAAAAGGCAGAGGAAACUGUCAAUCUGGACGCCCCGUGCGGAGCCCUGCCACCACACCUCUCCCGGCUAAAGAACGAAGGAAACCUGCUGUUUAAAAAUGGACAGUUUGCCGACGCAUUAGAGAAAUACUCACAAGCCAUUCAGGGCUACGCCGAUUCAGGUAUCGACAGUCCUCAGGAUCUGUGCAUUCUGUAUUCCAACAGAGCAGCAUGCUACCUGAAAGAUGGCAACAGCCAAGACUGCAUACAGGACUGCACGAGAGCCCUGGAGCUGCAGCCAUUCUCCCUCAAGCCCCUCCUGCGGCGGGCCAUGGCUUAUGAGUCGCUGGAGCGGUACAGAAAGGCCUACGUGGAUUACAAGACCGUCCUGCAGAUAGACAUCAGUGUGCAGGCGGCACACGACAGCAUCAACAGCGGCUCAGAGUGGAGAGAAAAACUUCCAGACAUCCCCCUGGUGCCUCUAUCAGCUCAGCAGCAUCGGAGAGAAGAGCCCCCCAGCGAAGAGGUCCUGCAGGCUCGAGCACAAAAAGCCAGCGAGGAUGCAGAGAGGAGAGCAGAGAUCCGCUUUUCAGCUCUGAAGCAAGAAGGGAACGAAUUUGUGAAGAAGGGCCAGUACCAGGAGGCUCUGGGGAAGUACACAGAAUGCCUUAAACUAAAGCCAAAGGAGUGUGCGAUCUACACCAACAGAGCUCUGUGCUACCUAAAGCUGGAGAGGUUCACGGAGGCCAAGCAGGACUGUGACGCCGCAUUGGGGCUGGAGCGAGACAACAAGAAGGCCUUCUACAGACGAGCCCUGGCUAAUAAAGGCCUCAAGGACUACCUGGCCUGCAGCUCUGAUCUCCAGGAGGUGUUACGGCUGGACCCCAACGUGCAGGAGGCUGAGAAGGAGCUGGAGGAGGUCACGGUUCUGCUCAGACAGAGUCUGGCCAACAGCGUGAACGACAAACCCAGGAAGGCUGUCCCCAUCACAGAGGUAGACGGUGACGAGGAGACGCCCGACGUUCCAAACAGAGAGGACGACCUCAGCAUCAACCUCACACCCGGCAGCUCCUACGAGUUCGGCCAGUCCCUGAACGCAGCACGCUGCAGUGGGAACACGGCCGCCUGCGCAGAGCUGCUGGCGUCCAUAGAACCAGAACUGCUCCCUCGGUAUCUUAGCAACCAGCUGGACGGACAUACGAUCGGCUUCAUCAUGAAGGCACUUGACUCGCAUUUACUGGGAAAAAACCCUAACUUGGUUUACCGGCAUCUGGAGCGCCUGCACACCGCUGACCGGUUCCAGGUCGUUUUCAUGCAGCUGGAGGACCACGAGCGUCGCUCCGUGACUCAGCUCUUUGAGCGUCUCUCAGCUGUGGAGAGCUCAGAGUUCACCCAGGGUGACGUUCACAAUCUGGCCAACAAAUACGUCUGACCCCCCCUUCACCCUCUGCUGCAUCUCCAAUCCUGGCUCUAAGCAUCAUCAGGCUCAGAACAGCCUCCAUGUUUCCACAGAAGCACCAAGGAACUGAUUCUGAGUGAAAGCUGAGGGUGUCUGUUGUUUUUUGCUAUGCAGAUUUUAUGUACCAGCACCGAUUUGACUUUAAUUGUUCAUCUGGAUCGUUUUUACUUUGCAAAUUAUCAAACACGGUCCAAAGUGCAGCGUGGGAUCGGCCGACAGCAGGCCAGCGUUUUCUCCCACUGCUCUGGGAUUACAUAAGAGGAGCUCCUGUUCCCAGAACUGAUUUCUGUUUAUUUGGUCCGGGAAGCUCUUCAGAUCAGUCAUGUAACACGUGUGGCUGUUGUAAAUCAGCCAUGUUUAGAGGUCGUCAGUGCCCAUGCUGCUUAAGGAAACUACGACCUUUUGUCACUGAACUAUU